GUUUUGCGUGGCGUGGGUGUGUUGUGACUGGUAUUUGGGACGAUUUCGGCCAAUAUUCGGUUGUGUCUGGAUGAAGACAGUUGUAGGAUGUGUCGUGCAGUGCGAACGUCAUUUGUCUCCGGUUUAUGAUAGUGUUGGGACUUUGGAUAAGUGAAUGAUUGGCAGCUCUCAUCCUUGAAUAGAAUGAGCCAAAUGGCGACAGACGACAGUAUGAGCGACGACGUGUUUGAAGACGACACUCUGCGUGCGCCCGCGCAAUCAGCACAACGAAGCACACCCUCCCCCACUGGAUACAGGGACUAUCAUCCUCCUGCUGUCACACCUUCCCGAACACAAGAUGAUGAUGAUGUGAUUAUACACAAGACGAUCCUGCUGGGUGACAGUGGAGUGGGUAAAACCUCUUUGUUGGUGCAGUUCGAGACUGGAAAAUUUCAAGCCGGCAAUUUCUCAGCGACCGUCGGUAUCGGAUUUACGAACAAGGUAGUGACUGUAGACGGCAUCAAAGUGAAGCUUCAGAUUUGGGACACCGCCGGCCAAGAGCGCUUCCGUAGCGUAACGCAUGCAUACUACAGAGAUGCACAUGCGUUGCUUCUCCUGUACGAUGUGACAAACAAGAUCAGUUUUGACAACAUCCGAGCGUGGCUGGGCGAGAUCCGUGAGUACGCGCAAGACGAUGUCGUCAUCAUGUUAUUAGGUAACAAAUCCGACAGCGGCCUAGAGAGGGCGGUGAGGCGGGAGGAGGGGCAGCGCUUAGCGAGAGAAUACCAAGUGUCGUUUAUGGAGACAUCAGCCAAAACCGGACUGAAUGUCGAAGCUGCCUUCGCCCAUGUGGCACGCUCUCUAGUAGCGAAAGCGAACCCCGUCGACCCCUCGAGGCUGGCGGUGCGCGCGCAGCCAACACAGGAACAACGGUCUUCGUGCCCGCCAUGUUCGUAAUUUCGCGGCAAAUUCAAAUUUAGAAUGUGGAACGAUGUGGACCAAUGUUUGUGAAUGGUUUCAUCAGUUGUAUAGUUGACGCUGUGUUGGAAAGACGUAUCGUGUGUGCAUGGAAAUGGUUAUUAAAAGGCUAAAGUAUUACUACUUAUGCGUUGGACAAGGUCAAUGAAUGUGAAAUGUUAUAGAAAAUUUAUCAAAUGUAAAGUAUAAAGUACCGAUUUCUAUUGUAAUUUUUGAUAAGGUACUUCGUAUAUUGUUUAUAGCUAAAUGUAUUAUGAAAACCUAAUUAAUGUACUUACUUGUUUCCUUACAAAUUUUCCUGUUAGCCCGAGGGAGUAUGAACCUUUGAUGAUAAAACGUGUGCUUUACUUGCUCGUUUGAGGAAGAGAAUAAUGUAAAAAGGGCUUGUAAAAUGUACUUUGAUAAAUUGUAUUUAUUGGGAAUAUAUAUUUACAAUCGUAGUUGCAUACUUAAUGGACAAAUAAAAUGUUGUAUUGUACGGAGGCGGAACAUCUAUUGUUUCUCAGAAAAUAAAGUAGAUACACGAUACACCCAUAAGCAAGUGUGGUAACUGCAUAUUUUCUCACGGACACUCUGACAUGUGUUUUACUCACUCAUAUCAAGUUUUUUCAGAAUUAUACUUAGUGCCUGGAUUGUAAGACUAACUAUCUGGCAUCAGUAAUAUCAAAUUUUUACGAAUUUGUAGGUACAAGUACAAUCGGCGAAUUUUUAAGUGACGUCAUAAAAUCGUGUUUUUCUCAUGAACUAACCGCAAAAAUCGUAUCAAACGACUGAUGACUUUCACUGCUUAUAAGUAAAUACCUAUCAACUAAUGUUCACAAAUUAGGUCUUAUAAAUACGGUCCAAAGUUCAAGCAAGAAAAUUACACCUCUAACGCACAAACCAAUUUCGACCUUAUUCUUCGCCCACGAAAGUGGCUUUUUAAUCAGAUGUUAGCAAUUUAAGACAAUAGUAAUGUAUAGAAAUAUAUUCUUAUCCUUACUGUGACUAUAGUUUGAAUCAAUCAAUGUAUCUUCUACAGUAAAAAUAGCUCCGUUUUAACAUAGAAUUAAAUAAUCAUGUCUCACACAUAUAGACGCCAGCAGGUCAACCUACACUACUCUGUCAGUAUGUGACAUUGAAAUUUCGACUUUAUUACAAAGCGAUACAGUUCAAAAUAAUAGGUUUGACAUAAAAGAGUAGGUUGAUAUGCUAGCGUUUAUACAUUAAAACUAGAGUAGAAAAAUAAGUUGUAAAGAAACCCUUAUCCCUGUGAUAUCUAUUAAAUAUGUACCUUUAUGUAUAUCUAUGUGUGUUAUUAUAUGUAUAUGUACUUACAAUAACAUAUCGAAGUAAAUUACUCAAAGAGAAUCAAUCUUAUAUUUACUGAAGAGCUUUUUGUUAUAUUUAUGUUAAAGGAAAUCAGAACAGGAAAGAAAUGAGAUUAUCAUAAGAAGUCUUAGUAGUCACAUUUUUAUUAUACAUUGUCAUUGAAGGGAUAAUCUUAUGAAGGAGUAUAAUAUUACGACAAAGAUGUCUUACAAAGUUUAAAGGAAGAAACCCUCGUGUAUAGUCAACUAAAUCAGUGCUUGACCAUACUAAGGUUGAAUUUUAUGUAGGUACUUG